AUGGCACUGAAUAUAUUAAUAGUGUGUUUUCGGGCUUAUCUUGAAGCCCGUGGCAUUCUUUAUCAAACCAGUUGUGUUGGUACCCUUGAACAGAAUGGUGUUGCUGAACGCAAGAACCGUCAUCUUCUUGAGGCUGCUCGUGCUCUUAUGUUCACGAUGCACGUCCCUAAACCUCAUUGGGGUGAUGCUGUUCUUACUGCUACAUAUCUUAUUAACCGGAUGCCUUCAAGUGUCCUCCAUUUUCAACGUCCUCUUGACCUUCUUCCCUGCAUGUCUAUUCACCUUGUUUCCCUUCUACCUAAGCCAUUCUUCCCAGGAUCCUCUCUUCAAGGAAAGGUUUCUAUUCUAGAAGAGAUUGGUUUCCUGGAUUCUAUGAAGGAACAAAUGUCGGAUGUGCUACCAAGCCAAUCAUCUCUGUCUCCAGUUUCAUCAUCUUCGUCUCCGAUUUCAGGUAAUGAGUCCUUGUUUACUAAUUCUCAUGUCCCUUCUAGUGAUGCUCAUAUCGGUGAUAGAAGGAACAAGUGCCAGAUGUGCUGCCAGGCUAAUCAUCUUCGUCUCCAGUUUCAUCAUCUUCAUCUCCGGUUUCAGGGUGCAAAUGGGUGUUCACAGCAGAAAGUUGAUGGGACUAUUGAGAGAUAUAAGGCAAGGCUAGUUGCUGAAGGGUUCACUCAGACAUAUGACACUGAUGCAAAGGAAAUGUCUAAAGUCAAAGCUCAACUUUCCAGGGAAAUUGAAAUCAAAGAUCUUGAUCCCUUGCGGUGCUUUCUUGGGAUUAAGAUUGCUAGAUUAGAGAGAGAUUGGACUGGUGUUAAAAGGUCUACCACUGGUUAUUGUACAUUUGUAGGAGGGAAUUUGGUGACUUGGCGUAGUAAGAAGCAGUCAGUUGUUGCCAGAUCGAGUGUAGAGUAUCGCGCCAUGGCGCAUGGCAUUUGUGAGUUGAUGUGGCUUAAAAUUUUACUGGUUGAUCUCGGAUUGUUGAGUGAUGGUCCCUUGCAACUAUAUUGUGAUAAUAAGGCCGCUAUUAACAUUGCUCAUAAUCCAUUUUAG